AACCUCAAAAAUUGACCGCCAAAUCUUCGCGCUGACAAAAGUAAACAAUCAGAUGAUCAAACAAUUAUAAUUAUAAAAUAUACUAAUAAAUGAUUAAAAAUGUAUAUAAAGUCAUUAGUGCUCGACGGGUUCAAAUCCUACGGGAAAAGAAUCGAAAUAACUGGUUUUGAUAAAGAGUUCAAUGCCAUCACUGGGUUAAACGGUAGUGGAAAAUCAAAUAUUUUGGACGCUAUUUGUUUUGUACUGGGUAUUUCAGCUCUAGGACAGGUCAGAGCAACAUCACUCCAGGAACUGGUCUACAAAUCCGGGCAAGCUGGGAUUAAAAAGGCCGUUGUUACGAUAACGUUUGACAACUCAAAUAAAAAAGCAUCGCCGUUAGGCUACGAGAGUUAUGACGAGAUUGCAGUGACGCGGCAAGUAGUAAUCGAUGGAAAAAACAAGUACUUGUUGAAUGGAACCAACGUAACGAACCAACGGGUCCAGGAUAUGUUCUGUUCAGUCCAGCUCAAUGUAAACAAUCCCCAUUUUCUUAUAAUGCAGGGUCGUAUCACCAAGGUACUGAAUAUGAAGCCGAUGGAGAUUUUGUCGAUGAUCGAGGAAGCUGCGGGUACGAGAAUGUACGAAGAAAAGAAGGAGUCGGCGAUGAAAUUGAUGGAGAAAAAGAAAACGAAGUUGAAAGAAAUAAAUGGGAUUCUGGAGGAAGAAAUAUAUCCGCGGUUGACUAAACUGCGCGAAGAGAGGACUCAGUACUUGGAGUUCCAGCGGGUAGAGCGUGAGCUGGAUCACUGCAAGAAGGUGGUGACUGCUUGGAAAUAUUACUCGGCUUCGAAGACCAGCGAGAAAACUAAUGCUGAAUUGAAUGAAGCGAAGGCUAAUAUCGAAGCCAAGCAGCUGGCCAUCGAGAAUGGCAAGGAAGAGGUUGAGAAAAUAGAAAGUGAUGUCCAGGAGCUGAUUCAAAAAAUGGAGAAAGACAAAAGCGAUAAGCUGGAGACGAUGGAGCACGAGCUCAAGGCUGUUGAGAAAACGGAAAUGAAGUUGGCGGCUAAAGUAAACAGUGACAAGGAGAGAAUCAAGAGUGAGAUAAAGGAAAUUGAGCAGUUGAAGAAGAAUUUGGAGGAUGAUAUCCAGGGUUCGGAGCAGAGGCAAAAGCAGCUGGAGGAAUUUGGUGAUAAGUUUAAUAAAUUGCGUGAGGCGGAGAAAGAAGACGCUGCGGCAGUUGUUGCUGCACAGGAUAAGUAUCAGAAAAUUAGUACUGGGUUGCUGGAGAACGAGAACGGGGAGAACGCGACCCUGAGCCAGCAGCUGAUGGACGCCAAGCAAGCGAUCUCACUUGCUGAGACAGAAAUAGCUCAGGCUGAGAUGGCGAUUAAACACGAUCGUGAGCAGCUGAAGAUCAAGCAGCGCGACUUGAAGACCACUGACACUGAUCACGCUCAAAUUACCCGCGAGUUGAAGGAGAAAGAGAAGCAUUUGAAGGAUCUAGAGAAUAAGUUGAAGAGUAUAAAUUAUGUGGAAGGCAGCCUUGAGACUCUGCAACAACAGCGACAGCAGUUGAAUCAAGAUCUAAGGGGUAUCAAUGAUCAGAUUGAUAAUUUUUUGGCCCGCCAUCCCCAGCUGCGGUUCGAGUACUCAGAUCCUGAGCCGAAUUUCAAUCGCAAGUCCGUCAAAGGACUGGUGUGCACGUUGUUUAGUUUAAAGGACAGGAAUGCUGCCUACGCGCUAGAAGUUGCUGCGGGUGGUAAACUCUACAAUGUCAUUGUCGACACCGAGAAGACCAGCAAAGCUCUGCUGCAACGUGGAAAAUUACAGCAGCGUGUCACAAUUAUUCCGCUUAAUAAAAUAAGUGGGCAGCGAAUCGAUGACGCGACUGUCAAACGCGCUGAGCAGUUGGUCGGCCGUGAGAAUGUCAGGACUGCUCUGUCCUUGAUCGAGUACCCAAAUGAACUAUCACCAGCCAUGGCUUUUAUUUUUGGCAGUGUGUUUAUUUGCAAGGAUCUGUCAGUCGCUAAGAAAGUCGCCUUUGAUGGAAAAAUAAUGAGGAAAUGCGUCACGAUGGAGGGAGACGUCUGCGAUCCUUCGGGAACACUUUCUGGUGGUGCUCCGGCUUCAGCGGGGUCUAUAUUGACUAAAGUUAGUGAUUACAAGGUGCUGUUGGAUCAGCUGGAGGUCAAAGAGCAAGCGAUGAGGACUGCGGAACAGGAAAUUAGGAAGAUUUCACCAACUGCCGAGCGAUGGAAUAAAAUAAAAGGCGAGUUUACUCUCAAGGAUCACGAAGUAAAGGCGGCUAAAAAAAUUUUGGAGGUUACUCAGCACUACCAACUGGGUGAGGAAGUUAAACAGCUUACUGAGAAGAUCCAGGAGUUUGAGAACAAAAUAAAAGCCGCUGUGCAGUCGAAGAAUAAAAAUUCCGUGUGGGCUAAGGAGUUGGAGAAGCAGAUCAAGAACUCGGCUAGUAUACAAGAGCAACAGCUGAAGGAGGCCAAGGCGCAGCUGGAAAAGCUGCAGAAGAAGGCCAAAGAUAGUAAGAGGGAGUGGGAGAAGUACGAAAGCGAUGCCCAGAUUUUGGAGCUCCAGAUCCAGGAGGAUAAAAAGACUAUUGCUAAUGAUGAAGAGCAGAUCAAAAAGUCUCAAAAUACGCUGGCGGAGCUGGAGAAGCAGCAUGCCAUAGACCUGGAAGAGCUACAGAAGCUACAUGACGACAUUGCGGAGAAGCAGGAAAAAGUUAAAAGACACAAGUCCCUGAUCAAUCAACACAACAAAGAAAUCCAGAAGCUGAUUGCCAAGAAGGAGGACAUCAUUAAGCAGAGUCGUGAUUACGAGCUUGAUAUAAAGAAACUGAAUCAUGAGAUCGCGACUAUCAAGAGCAAUGCCAGCGAGUGCCAGCAGCGCGUCAAAGAGUUGGUGCGCAACAACCCUUGGAUUGAGCAGGACAAAAAGUACUUUGGAGUCGCUGGUAAUAUGUACGAUUUUGAAGCUCAGAAUCCCGAUCACUUGAUGGCCAAAUUGAAUCAUCUCAAAGAGAGUAGAGAGACGCUGAGUCGCUCUGUCAACACCCGGGCGAUGAACCUGCUGGCCUCGGAAGAGGAACGCUACAAAGACACGAUAGCCAGGCGUACCACUGUUGAAAAUGACAAGAAAAAUAUUUUGUACACAGUCCAGGAGCUGGAGGAGCAGAAGAAGAAGACUCUCAUGAACGCCUGGGAGCAGAUAAACAAAGACUUCGGCUCGAUAUUCAGCAGCCUGUUGCCUGGGGCCAACGCGAAGCUCCAAACUCUUCCUGAUAAGAACGUUCUCUCGGGUCUGGAAGUAAAAGUUGGAUUUUCCAACGUCUGGAAGGAGUCCCUGGGUGAGUUGUCAGGCGGACAAAGGUCUCUGGUCGCCCUGUCGCUGAUUCUCGCGAUGCUGAGGUACAAACCCGCGCCACUUUAUAUUCUUGACGAAGUUGACGCCGCGCUGGAUCUAUCCCACACUCAGAAUGUCGGUACGAUGCUGAAAAAACACUUUAAUAAUUCUCAGUUCAUUAUCGUCUCUCUCAAAGACGGAAUGUUUAACAACGCAAAUGUUUUGUUCACAACAAAGUUUAUUGACGGCAUGUCCACGAUUUCGAGAAUCGAAAAAGGGAAAAGAAAAAAAACUGACCGCGAAGAUAGUCCAGUCCGUUAAUUUAAAUAAAUAAUAAUUAAUAAUAAGAAUAAUUUUAUCGUUUUCAUUAAAUCCCACAGUGUAAAUAUUUAAAUAAUUAGUUUAAUGUC